AUGUCUCUCGUCGAAACACAGCUCAAGGAUGUGGCCAUCCUGGGCUCCAUCAACAACGAUGCCCGCAAGAUCCUGACCAAGGACGCCUGUGCCUUCUUGGCCCUUUUGCACCGCACCUUCAAUUCCACCCGCAAGUCCCUGCUUCAGCGCCGCAUCGACCGCCAGGCCGAGAUCGACAAGGGCAACCUCCUCGACUUCCUCCCCGAGACAAAACACAUCCGUGAGAAUGAUGCUUGGAAGGGUGCUCCUCCUGCUCCUGGUCUUGUUGACCGCCGUGUUGAGAUCACUGGUCCUACUGACCGGAAGAUGGUUGUCAACGCUCUCAACUCCGAUGUCUGGACCUACAUGGCCGACUUUGAAGACUCCAGUGCUCCUACCUGGGAUAACAUGGUCAAUGGCCAGGUUAACUUGUAUGAUGCUAUUCGUCGCCAGGUCGACUUCAAGCAGGGUGGUAAGGAGUAUAAGCUGCGGACUGACCGCACCCUGCCUACUCUGAUUGCCCGUGCCCGUGGCUGGCACUUGGAUGAGAAGCACUUCACUGUUGAUGGGGAGCCUAUCUCCGGUAGUCUGUUUGAUUUCGGUCUUUACUUCUUCCACAACGCCAAGGAGCUCGUCGCCCGCGGUGCUGGUCCUUACUUCUACCUCCCCAAGAUGGAGUCUCAUCUCGAAGCUCGUCUGUGGAACGAUGUCUUCAACCUGUCCCAGGACUACAUUGGCCUGCCCCGUGGUACCAUCCGUGGUACUGUCUUGAUUGAGACUAUCACCGCUGCUUUCGAGAUGGAUGAGAUCAUCUACGAGCUCCGUGACCACAGCUCCGGUCUCAACUGCGGCCGCUGGGAUUACAUCUUCUCUUUCAUCAAGAAGUUCCGCCAGCACCCCAACUUUGUUCUCCCCGACCGCUCCGAUGUCACCAUGACUGUCCCCUUCAUGGACGCCUAUGUCAAGCUUCUCAUCAAGACUUGCCACCGUCGCGGUGUGCACGCCAUGGGUGGUAUGGCCGCCCAGAUCCCCAUUAAGAACGACCCCGCCGCCAACGACAAGGCCAUGGAGAGCGUCCGUGCUGACAAGCUGCGUGAGGUGCGCGCCGGUCACGAUGGUACCUGGGUUGCUCACCCGGCUCUGGCUGCCAUUGCCUCCGACGUCUUCAACAAGUACAUGCCCACUCCCAACCAGCUGUUCGUCCGCCGCGAGGAAGUAAACAUCACCGCCAACGACCUCCUCAACACCAACGUCCCCGGCAAGAUCACCGAGGAAGGCAUCCGCAAGAACCUCAACAUCGGUCUCAGCUACAUGGAGGGCUGGCUCCGUGGUGUCGGCUGUGUGCCCAUCAACUACCUGAUGGAGGAUGCUGCCACUGCCGAAGUCUCCCGUAGUCAGUUGUGGCAGUGGACCCGUCACAACGUCUCUACCUCUGAUGGCAAGCGCAUGGACAAGGCCUUUGCCCUGCGUCUGCUGCAGGAGCAGGCCGACAGCCUCGCGUCCAAGGGACCCAAGGGCAACAAGUACCAGCUUGCUGCGCGGUACUUUGCUGGCCAGGUUACUGGUGAGGACUAUGCCGAUUUCUUGACCAGCUUGCUGUACAAUGAGAUCUCCUCGGCUGGCAGUGCUGCUAAGCUUUAA